AUGACGCAGCAAACUUUGCAUUCACUUCCAAGGUCAAGUUUGUCAUCAGUGGAGAAUCUUCAAGUGAACUGGCGAUUUCUUCAGCAUCAGAAUCUCAAAGUUCCGAAGCCGUCUCGAUUACCAUUCGUGAACCUUAAAUCCUUUGAUCAAAAUGUGAGCAAACACUCAGAAAAGUCAAGCACAAUCAAUGAUCUAACGGGUGAAACUCAACGUCAAGUGAUGUUAGAUCGAAUUUUAGUUGACAUGGAAGAUUUAGCAUUUCAAGACGAAUCAAAAGAUCAGUUAAAACAAGAGAUUCAAACUAGUGAAAUCGUUCAUAAAGAUCCAACUACAUUCCGUUUGAAUGAACCAUCAAUUCAAAUCCGUGAGAAGGAAGAAACGACGUUGGAUGCAGAUGAAAAAAGUUUCGAGAAUUCUUUGAAAAGAGUUCAAGAUCAUGAAAAAUCAAAGAUUUUAUGGCAGAAAACAACAGGAGCAAAGGUUGCGACUGAUAUUCCUCAUCAGCUACUGACAUUGUCAUUAUCUGAUGAUUCACGACGUACAAGAUCGUUAAAUAAACUUCAAGCUACACAAUUAGAAGAAAUUUCUUUUCGUUUACCUCAAAAACGUUUGAAGUCAAACGUACGUACAACUUUUGAGCGUCCAAAUGCAUCCCCACGAAAAGUUAAGUAUGGUGUUUGGUAUGUCCCUCAAUCAAAAUGGUGGACACUUCACAAAACUGCACGACAACAUCUUGCUACUCACUUACCAACAUCAAAUUUAAAUCCUCAAAACGACUUACACUGCAUUCGACGGAAUAAUUGUACGCAUAAACCACAGCUUCCAAAAGCUGCACUCUCGCACCAUCAAACUGUUCGACCAAGUAUGAAAAAAUGUAAUCGUUUGAUAUCUUCAACCUCACAUAUGAAUGGAUACUAUUCUUCUGCUCCGCUUGAAAUGCAAGCAAUUGGCAUUGCCCAGUCGUACAUUGGACGUGAGUAUCGUGCAUAUAUUGUAAGUACAGCUACAACAAUGCCAUCAUAUUUAAAGUAA